GGAUGUGUUGGUGUUGGUCCGUUCGCGACGGGUUGAUUGUUCCCGACCGAGGACAUUUUCACAAAAGACGCUGAUGCUGCGAAAAAAAGGGCCUCUUCUAGCACAUCGCUUCCGGCAUGCGAGUCGACGACGGCUUUUUUCAUCGCACAAAGGGGACGACAUCGUUUCCCGUUUUCCCCGUGUUGCAAUCCCGGUGGGGAUGAAUUUUGAAACGUGUGUCGCAUUACGGCAAGUAGUAUCAGAAGAGCAAAAAAAAAAACAAACACACACACUGCUUCAUGUGGACACUAUCUAAAGCUGUUGGAAGAAUGAUGAUAGGCCUGGUGGUGGAUGCACUGAUAAGAUAGCCCCGCAGGCUGGAUGUUACGGUUCACGGGGAGGAAAACACACCUAUCGGUUCGGUCGGCACUGCUCGCCCAGCGGAUGAAGCACUUCAGCGUGAUGUGCGUGUGGGAAAAGGAAGGUGUGCAGAAUGGGAAAUGAUUGUUGUCAGCAUCAUCUCUCACGUGGACGAACGUAUGCUAGCUUACUGUUAGCGAAGCCCUCCCUUCGCUUCCCUUCCCCACGGGAAGGGGCCAAUGGACUGUCGGGUUGUGGCACAAAACAAAACACAAAGUGACACAAGAGAAAGGCAAUCAUGCGGCUUAUUGAGACCAUUUGACACAACCAUUUUGAACCAAAGCCGUAUCUGUUUGGUGCAAAAAUGCUGAUGAUGCGAAAAUCGUUAUCACUAAUAUGUAAACCGAUAAGCCGAUGGGAAGUUUGGUAGAGCAAGAGAGCUAUUGGCACAAUUGAAUUGAUUGAUAAUGGAAGCACUUUCACAACUGACGUCAUUGGAGGCGAUUCAAUGUUUGCCAAAGUUAGGUUCGUCUUUGCCUUUUCGACCACUUAGCAGGCGUAGAUGGUCAAGGAAGGGCAUCGAUUUAGGUUGACAACGGGAUUUAUGAUCAUCCGAAAUGCAUCUGCUGUCAAACCUUAUCACUCGCUCAGAACUUUUAGCCCACACUGAUAGUCGGAACAUAGAUGGGCACAUUGGGCUCAUGGUGGGUACUGAAUCCUUUUUUAGUUAAAUUAAUUUUAAUUUUUUUCUGUAACUUUUGCCCUUUCUCGUUGCACUGUGCUGCUUCAGUAUGCCUAACAAACAAUUCUUCCGUCCCAAUCUUCUUAGGUACAAUUUGGCAGGCCAAAAUGUCGUUGCCGGUACAGAAUUUUGGGUUAAAAAAAUGAUGCUCUAACACGCUAACACUCCAACACUCUCACACCGGUACGCUUCUAGUUCGAACCAACACAUUGGAGAUAUUAUUGGGUAUUUCCGCGAUCGUUGCCGGCGCGAAGCUACACACCAACUGGCGGUGCGUGGUGCGCUAAUAAUGCUCACGGUCGCUCGCACGGAAACUGGUUGUCACCUGUUCCACACCGUGAAAUACUAAUUUGUGAUAUAUUUAUACACACUCACAAACUUCAGCUCGCUGUUUCUCUCUCUCUAUCUCUCUUGUUACGUUCCCCAUCAAUAUCUAGGAAGAGACUUUUGGAGCGUUUGUGUGCAAAUAUUUACCCCGUCGUCUAACAAACACUUUGGCAGGUUUACGUUUUCAAAUGUCCAAAUCGUUGUACAUCACAAGACACGGCACCCACGUUAACGGGAGCCGUAGCUCAACUGGGCUAUCUUUUUUUUGUUCUCUCCCUUAAUCCCGAUUCAAAGACACACGCACGCACACUGAUAUGCUGCCACGCAGAAUCGAUUCUUCCCCCAUGCUGCCCUUCUCUUGACUUAUCUUGCCACAAAGCCAAGAGCAGUGAGAUGGGAUUUUCUCACCACGUUUAAUCCCGGGUGGCUUAAUUUCCAAAUCAACGCCGAUAAACGAUAAACGGCGUUUAUCGUGGCUGUGAGUCAGCGUUGCAAGGGCCACUGUAACAGAGUGGCAUGCGAGCAACUUGUUUUGGGCUACCAGUAGCUGCUGGCUUGAACACAGUAGUGUGGCGGCAACCCUUUCCGGUGUCCGGUUGAUGACGCAGGAUAACAUACACAACUUGCGCUGUACAGUAUGGGUAGCCGGGUGUGAAGGAAAGGCGGACAAGUGUAUUCCCUCGUCACGCUGCCCUUAUCUGUCAUUCACUAUCGGUGAUAAGCGUCGAGUGCAGAGAGGGUUUUCGGUGUAAAAAAAACCUUGCAGAGCUAGUAUGUGUGAUCUCUCGAAUCUCUUGCUUCACGUCCUUAGCAUGUAGUGGAUGGAUUUGGAUGGACACCCUUAGCCCAGCCGCUACCUGCUCUCCUCUACAGUUACGUUCGUUUAUCACGGGGCGAGUUGAGUAAAACGCACACGCAGCGACUAAAGGGACCGCUCUAAGUAGGGACGCUCUCACCAACACUGAUCUAGGCAAGCCACCCCAGCAGACAGCACCCUCUCAGCACCCGGCAGCGACGACAACAACGACGCCUGCUACGAUAUCCUCUGCGUGUAAUGUACCACGACCAGUAUCGCCACCACCAACCGCGCACACACUUACAGGCCCGGUUGAGCGAUAGACAGCAAGGCAGAGUACUGUGUAGUAGAACCAGAAAUAGCACCACACACAACACAGUGUGCACAUUCGGUCGGUCGGUCGGUCGGUCGGUCAGCCGGCCUCGGUCAGGCUCCAACGCUCGCACACUACCAAAAGUCCGCAAGUGUGCAGUGAGAGUCGUUUGUGGCGGCGAUUGUGUGUGCGUCGAAGAGUCGGAGGGCUGAGUCGGGUGCGUGUACAUGGUUGCGAGCAGAUGUUACCGCGGGUUUUGCUGCUGCUUGUUGCAAAACUGGCUGCCAGUUGUGUUUCAUCCGGGUGGAAAAAUUGCGUUUUCGUGCAGCGCAGCGAAGCUGCACGCGGGGCCCCCUGUAUAAUUGUGUUCUUUGAGAAGAAGGCGAAGGAAAGUGACCCCGAUGGGGUAAACAUUUCAGUGACUCAAAAUUAAGUGCGACCAAAAACGAUAGAGAAGCGAAAGGAAGCGAAUCGGAGUGACCUAAGGGGAGGGGGUUAUAGUGUUCUGAAGGGAGGUUCCCCGCGGCAACCAACAAAUCGAACGAAAUGACGCGAACCGGGAUGUUGAUCAACUUGAACGAGGAAGAUGUAUGCUACGUACGCAUCCGGGUCCUGGGGGCGAGCGGGCUGGCCAAGAAGGACAUCUUUGGCUACAGCGAUCCUUACGUGAAGAUCGAGCAGAACACCAUCACCGGCGACGUCAACGUGGACCACAUGGUGACGAAAACGAAACGAAGGACGCUGAACCCGGUCUGGAACGAGGAGUUUGUGUUUCGCGUCAAACCGAACGAGCACAAGCUGGUGUUUCAGGUGUUCGACGAGAAUCGGCUGACGCGCGACGGCUUCAUGGGGCUGGUCGAUCUGACGCUGAUCAAUUUGCCGCACGAGAGCGACCAGCGCACGAUCGCACCGCAGCGGUACACGCUGCGGGCCAAGCGCCAGUCCAGCCUGCGCGUCAGCACGAAGGUGCGCGGCACGCUCGAGCUGUACCACGCGAUCAUGCGCGACGACGAUCCGGCGAUCGGGCGCACCCGCUCGGCGAUCGGCGGCAGCAAUCGGGCAUCGGCCACGAGCACACCGCUGGCGGCGCACCGCAACGCCGGCCUGUACCCGCAGCAGCAGCUGCCCCUGAACCAUCCACAGCAUCCGCAGCACCGGCUGCACCAGCUAGCAUCGCUGACGGCGCAGCCGAACGAUGCGCUGCCGCCCGGCUGGGAGGUGCGGCAGGAUCCGGUCGGCCGGAUGUACUACGUGAACCAUAUCGCGCGCACCACGCAGUGGGAGCGGCCCACCAUUGGCCCGUCCCAGCCCGGGCUGAACGAGAUGGUGGCCGCGUUCCAGCGCCGCUUCCACAUCAGCAACGAUCCCGACAAUGGAGGCAGCGGUAGCAACAACACGAGCAUGGCCGACACUGUCAGUAUUACUUCGGAAAAUGGCGACACCACCGCGGCGGCGGUCGGGAAUAGGUCGGGCGCCCCCGGUAUCGGCUCACCGAUGGUGCUCGCGGCCGACCACCCGCUCCUAUCUACGCUGAUGGCGCAGUCCGGCGACGGUGGAGGCCGGGGCACGGCGGUGGCCACUCCGGAACGUCCCGCCAGUGCACCGCGCGGCGAUGACGCGGAACUGACGGUCGGGCUGUCGCCAUCGCCCUCGGUCGCUUCGAUUGCUAGCAGUGGGGCGGGCGGUACGUCGAUACGCCCGAUACGUCCGGCACCUCCGCCCCCACCCGGAGGCGGCGGCGGCGGCUCGUCAGCGUCGUCGGCCCGCGCCAGUCCCGUCGGCACGCCGGUACCGAGCCAGCGACGCCGAUCGUCACCCGGCAGCAGCGAAAGUGCACAGGCGACCGCGAUCGAAGCAAGCAGCGGCGAAGCGGGAGACACCACGCCUGGUCCGUCCGCACCUAUCGCAACGGCUGACGACGAACAGCCAAACGCAAGCGCGCCGGUCAAUGGAAGUGCGGAAGGCGGCGCCCCGUCCACUGUUCCACGGGAGGUCAGUGAAACUGCAACGUCUUCCAUCGGUAGUGAACAAACCGCAGCGACGACGCCCAACCGACCGGACAAUGCGGUGGCCGUACAGCCGACCUCACCGAGUCAUCCAACGACUCCGGCACCGGCGGCACAGCCGAACGCGACCGGCCUACCGCCCGGCUGGGCCGUCCAGGUAGCGUCGAACGGGCGGCUGUUCUUUAUCGAUCACAUUAACAAAACCACCUCGUGGGUCGAUCCGCGCACCGGCCUGGCCAGCCCGAUACCGAGCGCCGCCGGGUCCGACGGGGUUGCGGCCGGCGGUGCUGGAUCGACCGCCGGCAGCGGCCACGGCAGCCGGGGCGAUUCGCGCUCCUCGGACGACAACCUGGGACCACUGCCGGAGGGCUGGGAGGAGCGGGUGCACAGCGACGGGCGCACGUUCUUCAUCGAUCACAACACGCGCACGACGCAGUGGGACGAUCCGCGGCUGUCCAAUCCAAAGAUCGCUGGCCAGGCGGUACCGUACUCGCGCGACUACAAGCAGAAGUACGAGUACUUCAAGAGCCAGCUGCAGAAACCGAGCAACGUGCCAAAUAAGAUCGACAUCAAGGUGCGGCGGGCGUCCAUACUGGAGGAUUCGUAUCGCGUCAUCAACUCGGUCACGCGGCUCGACCUGCUCAAGACGAAGCUGUGGGUCGAGUUCGAGGGCGAGACGGGGCUGGAUUAUGGGGGGCUGGCGCGCGAGUGGUUCUACCUGCUGUCGAAGGAGAUGUUCAACCCGUACUACGGCCUGUUUGAGUACUCGGCGAUGGACAACUACACACUGCAGAUCAACCCCAACAGUGGGCUGUGCAAUGAGGAGCAUUUGAACUACUUCCGGUUUAUCGGGCGCAUUGCGGGCAUGGCAAUCUACCAUGGCAAGCUGCUGGAUGCGUUCUUCAUCCGACCGUUCUACAAGAUGAUGCUGCAGAAGUCGAUCGACCUGAAGGACAUGGAGGCGGUCGACACGGAGUACUACAACUCGCUGCUCUACAUCAAGGAGAACGAUCCCAGCACGCUGAUGCUUACGUUCAGCGUGGACGAGGAAAGCUUCGGCACGACGAACCAGCGCGAGCUGAAACCGAACGGGGCCGAUCUGGAGGUGAGCAACGAGAACAAGGACGAGUACAUCCGGCUCGUGAUCGACUGGCGGUUCGAGGCGCGCGUCAAGGACCAGAUGCAAGCGUUCCUGGAGGGCGUCAGCUCGCUGGUGCCGCUGCAUUUGCUCAAGAUUUUCGACGAGAACGAGCUGGAGCUGCUGAUGUGCGGCAUCCAGAGCAUCGACGUGAACGACUGGAAGAAGAACACGAUGUACAAGGGCGACUACUACGCGAACCAUGCGGUGGUGCAGUGGUUCUGGCGCGCCGUUCUGUCCUUCAACAAUGAAAUGCGCUCCCGGCUGCUGCAGUUCGUGACCGGCACGUCGCGCGUUCCCAUGAACGGGUUCAAGGAGCUGUACGGCUCGAACGGGCCGCAGCUGUUUACGAUCGAGAAGUGGGGCACGGUGAACAAUUUCCCGCGCGCCCAUACCUGCUUCAACCGGCUGGAUCUGCCGCCGUACGAGAGCUACGCCCAGCUAAAGGAAAAGCUAAUCAGCGCAAUCGAGGGCAGCCAAGGUUUUGCCGGCGUCGAUUAAUGCGCCUCCCCCCCCCCCAUGCUGCGGAACAAUACUGGAACACGAGUAGGACAUGCAACUCCGCGACAACAUUGUGGCACGUAUACCUGCACGAAGCGGUUUUUUUGUUUUGUUUGAGAUUAAGGCAAUCUUAAUGCCUUUUUUGUAAUUUUUGGUGCCCACGCUGGUGGUGGAUGUGUUUAAAUGGCAUGUUUCCCAUGUCCCAAGCUGGAGCUGGCCGGUUCCCACUGGUAAUGCGCAAAUACGCAAAACGGAAAGCCAUAGGUAAAUGACUCUACUCGUGCAUUGAUACACACCCACGACCCAACACAUUCCGUGGUAGAAGAUUAAUUAUAAAUCAGAUCGCCUGUUAAGGAAGAGAUAGAACACGGUACGUUAAACUAAAAGAAAAUAACUAUUUAUCAGCCCGCUCUCGGGUGUUUUUUUUUUUUGCGAAACCGAGCAAAAUGGUUGUACAUCGGAGUGAGCAGUGAAGGCAGAAUCAGGGGACAGUACAGGAAGUGCACUAUUUUUAGGAGCAUGUUAUCCUAACCGUAUUAAAGUAGAGAAGCAACCAACAGAAGAGACCACAUGCCCGCCUGUCAAGUGCAUGUUGCGUAAUUGGCGCUUUCUAUGGUUUUGAUAAGAGGAUUAGUGCCUUCAGCUACGUUUCUCUGUCGUUCCUUUAAAUGUUUUUAAACGCACUUUUGUGUAAAAAAAAAAGAAAACUUCACAAAAACACACCCAUUUAACACACGGAAACGAGGACAGGCAAAACCACACGCGAUUCCGAAACGUUUCAUUGGGUUGUGUAUUGUAUAGUUGAUUGAUUUUAAUUUCAUCUUGCAGCGGAGAUCGGUAGACUUUUAAGAAGCACACAUACACACUUUCGUUUGCAUCACACAAACACACGCGCACACACAGACACCAAAAUAUAUUUGAAAAGGGUUAGAAAACCAGAGGUUGAAUCCGUAGGAACAAGGCAAGCACAGGGAGAAGUCCGGUGCACGUAUUAUUUAUCGGGAGCUCUGUGGCGCUCUGUGUGGAAAGUGUCGUAGGAAAAUAAGGACGUAGAGCUAUCGUUACUUAUGGAUUUAGCCACUAACAGCAGCAGCAGCAGUAGCCAGGCCACCCCACACCAACGACCCGCAAAACGGCAACAAUAGCUUUACAGUUAAUCUUCGUGAAAAGAUUAUGCCGGAGAAUUGAGGAACAACCGCCGUAUCUCUCCUGUUCUCCCUUGACUUGUUCGGCGCACAAUAAUUAAACGUGAUUAGUGGGAUACGAUAAGGUGUGUCAAAAAAAACCCCGUAGCAAGGACUCCUUCUGCGUGGUUCUCAAUAAUUCCCUAACCCCUGUAAUGGCCGACAUGGCCGCAUAGGUCGUUACGCCAAGAAGAAGAAGAAGAAGAAGGUGUUAAAAGUGUGCGUUGUAAAAUUACGCCAAAAUGUUGCUGGUGGCCACCGCCACCGUCUCCCCAAAAAAAAAGCCACCCCUCUUAUCCAUCCUCUAUACUAUACUAUCCUUAGUAGUAGAACUAUCGUGCGGUAAUCAGUACGCAAAUCCUGUUGUCCACGUACCGUUGGUGUAGUGAUUUAGUUAGCAACCGCGCGACGGUCGCCGUCGUUGCAUCCGGUGGGCUAAUUUUUGCACAAUUGAUAUAUGUUUAUUUUUAUUCGAUCGAGAAAACGGAGCGAAACAGUAUAAAAGAAGCGGUUGAAGUAUGAAAUUUAAAGUGGGAAUUGAAGUAAACGAGAAGCGGAAACACAUACAAAAGUGAUGCUAGUUGUAAUAUUUGGUAUAAAAAAAUACACAAGAGAACAGUAAUAAAGCAUUACAAAUCGGUUGCUGGAA